GCCACUGCAAUAUAAUUAUAUGCACCAAUAAGUAUUAAGAAACUGUGGAUCAAAAUAACAGACAAUGUUGCAGUGUGGAAAGUUAAUCUUUCCGAUACUGUUCUUUCUAGUGAGCAGCACCCAUACCAGUAUUGGUAAAUAUGCAGCAAGAACCCCUGUGCCUGUGGUGUUGGAUUUGUCAGCAGCGCAAAUCAGGCCAACAAUCGACGAUUCUGUGAUGACCAAUAUUGAUGCUGUAAAUCUACCAUUCGACGAAGAAGAUUCUAAGUAUCCAACAGCCCUUCAAGAGGGUCAGAGCAUUAGCACAAUCACUAUAAUGUCGGAAGAGUUAAUCAGAGAAAGAAGGCAGAUUGUCAAUCCUUUGCUUGGAGAGAAUUACUUGUUUUUUGGCAAUGAGCAAUUUUUAGUGAACAUAAACAGAGAUGGUACUGGAGUGCAAGGCAUUCGAUCAGGCACACGUAAUAUGAUAGCUGUUGAUUUUGACAUCAGAGAGAAGUUUAUGUUUUGGAGUGAUAUUGGUGCUAAACACAUUGCUCGCACUAAAAUGGAUGGAACACAAUUGACUAUCUUGGUCCAAACAGAUAUUACAACCCCAGAUGGUAUUGCUUGGGACUGGGUGAACAAAAAGCUCUAUUGGACUGAUGCGGGGGAGAGAGAUAUCGAAGUUCUUGAUCCCAACACUAGAAUAAGAUCUGUUAUUCUGCUUACUGGUAUAGAGGGAGAAAGUAUUCCAAGAGCAAUUGUUCUCGAUCCUUUUGCAAGGAAAAUAUAUUGGACUGACUGGGGAUCUCUGCCACGCAUUGAGCGAGUCUCUUAUGAUGGCACUCAGAGGCAAACACUUCAUAGUUUUAAUUUACUUUGGCCAAAUGCUAUGACUCUUGAUCUUAUCUCUCAAACUUUGUACUGGGCUGAUGCCGGGUUAGAUCGCAUUGAGUGCUCAAAAUCUGAUGGAUCUGGUAGAAAAAUACUGAUUGGUCAGUUCAUUAAUCAUCCUUUUGGUAUUGACUUUUUUGAUGGUACCCUUUACUGGACGGACUGGCAACUUCGAGCAGUACUGAAUUCUACCAUAACUCAUAGUUCAACUUCGGGUGUUUUCACAAUCUACGGUGUGAUUUCAAAUCUACUGAAUAGACCUAUGGGACUAAAGGUUGUUUCGCUAUCCAAGCAACCUUUAGUACGCCCGCCUGUACAGCCAAGUUGUACGCCUUCAUGUCAGAAUGGUGGGAAUUGCACGCAACCUGGAGUUUGUAGUUGUCCUCUCGGCUGGACUGGAGUUAGAUGUGAAACACCUGUUUGUGAGUUAUUGUGCCUUAAUGGAGGUAUUUGUUCCUCUCCUGGAAUCUGCACAUGUCUUGCUGGGUGGACAGGAAGUGCAUGCAAUGAAGCUGUCUGUGGUAAUGGAUGUAAUAAUGGUGGAUCAUGCCUUCAACCUGGUGUAUGCACGUGCCCUGAUGGUUGGCAUGGCACAAGAUGCGAUCAACCAAUCUGCAGUCGGGUGUGUGAGCAUGGUAGCUGCACUGGUCCCGACGUUUGCACUUGUAGACAAGGUUGGACUGGAGAUUGGUGUGGGCAAGCUAUAUGCAAUCCCACGUGUGUGAACGGAGACUGUCUGAGGCCAGAUGAGUGCGUGUGUCAUUCUGGGUGGAAAGAACGACUCUGUACUGAUCCCAUCUGUGAGCCAGGAUGUAUAAAUGGUGGUGACUGUAUAGCUCCAAAUAUCUGUGAAUGUUUCUCACCAUUUUAUGGACCAAGAUGUGCUGAAGUGGAUUGCUUUCCACCAAGUGGGUGUAUGAAUAAUGGUAGCUGCGUGUCCCCCAGUCAGUGUUCUUGCCCAUUUGGAUGGGCAGGUAUCAGAUGCGAGAUAUCAAUAUGUGGCAACAUACGAUGUCUGCAUGGAGAAUGUACCAAGCCGAAUCAGUGUGACUGUAGUUUUGGCUGGGAAGGCGAAACAUGCGAAGAAGCUGUCUGCUUCCCUCCAAGUGGAUGUCAAAAUGGGGGAAAGUGUAUCAUUCCAGGUAUCUGCAGCUGUGCUUCAGGCUGGACCGGGGAGAAAUGCGAUAAAGGAAUAUGUGCGCAGAAUUGUAAUGGCCACGGUAGCUGUGUAGGGCCUAAUCAAUGUGACUGUGACGAAGGAUGGUUUGGGCCACAGUCAGCUUGUAAUCAAGCAAUCUGUACUCCCAAAUGUGUACAUGGUUACUGCAUUCGGCCAAAUUUAUGUGCUUGUGAUAUUGGCUAUGGAGGUUUUCGAUGCGAAUACUGAAGCUAUUAAUUAUAAUCGUAACAGAUUGACAAUGAGAUAGUCUUGUGAACGUAUACACAGCAGAAUCUGCUGGUAUAGGUAUAUGAAGCUUAAUUGUAUAAUUAUGAUACAAACUUUCGUGGCAACUUCGUUAGAACAUUGUUGUAAUGUUCAGUCUGUUAUUAAAUUUUGAUUUCUGUUUUUUUCACAAGUUAUACGUACAGUAAACAUCCAA